AAUAUCAAACACCAUUUGAGAAGCCUCUUUAACUUGUUGCAUUUGGAAUUCCAUAUUCUUUGAGACCUGCUUCCACUAGUCUGAGUCUAAAUAGAAUCUGUUUCUUCAUUAAGAAAUGGUUUUUAAGGUUCAUGCAGGGUUGGAAAUGGCAAUGGCUGGGAAUGAGGGUGGAAGAAUCACUGGGAAUUGGAAGAAACGUAUGCAUGUUUUUGAUGAGAAGCUAAGGAGGUUACCUAGUUUGGCUUGGCAAACUACUUGGAAGGUGGGACAUGAUGACCCAAGAAGGGUGAUCCAUGCAUUCAAAGUUGGUUUGUCUCUGACUCUAGUUUCUUUGUUGUAUCUGUUGGAGCCACUCUUUGAAGGGGUUGGCCAGAAUGCUAUUUGGGCUGUCAUGACCGUCGUGGUGGUGCUCGAGUUCACUGCAGGGGCAACUUUAUGCAAAGGACUCAACCGAGGAUUGGGGACACUAUUAGCAGGAUUAUUGGCAUUUCUUAUUGAGUAUGUUGCAAAUGCAUCUGGUAGGAUCCUUCAAGCUGUUUUCAUUGGGGCUGCAGUUUUUAUCAUAGGAGCUGCAGCCACUUAUAUGAGGUUCUUUCCAUAUAUAAAGAAGAACUAUGAUUAUGGUGUUGUUAUAUUUCUCUUGACCUUCAACUUGAUAACUGUUUCGAGUUACCGGGUUGAAAAUGUCUUGAAGAUUGCACAUGACCGCUUCUACACCAUAGCCAUAGGCUGUGUCGUUUGCCUUCUGAUGAGUAUAUUGAUAUUUCCAAAUUGGUCAGGGGAAGACCUCCAUGAUUCCACAGCUUUCAAGCUUGAAGGCCUAGCCAAAUCUAUUGAAGUUUGUGUCAAUGAAUACUUUUAUGGAGAAAUGGAAGCCUCUGGAGAUAUAAAAUCGUCUGAGGAUCCCAUAUACAAAGGUUAUAAGGCUGUUUUGGAUUCAAAAUUCACUGAUGAAACUCUGGCAUUACAUGCAAGUUGGGAGCCAAGGCAUUCAAGGUACUGUCACAGAUUUCCAGGGCAGCAGUAUGUAAAAGUUGGAAAUGUUCUUCGUCAAUUUGGCUAUACCGUGGUAGCCUUACAUGGCUGUUUGAGAACACAAAUUCAGACACCAAGAUCUGUUAGAGUCAUGUUCAAGGACCCUUGCAUAAGGCUAGCAACAGAGGUAUCAAAAGUGCUGAUAGAACUUGCCAAUAGCAUAAGGAAUCGUCGCCAUUGCUCUCCGGAAAUACUCUCUGAUCAUCUUCAUGAAGCACUACAGGACCUCAACACUGCCAUAAAAUCUCAGCCUCGGCUCUUCUUAGGUUCCAAUGACAGCCAAGCUAACAACAUGCUUGCCAUGGCUGCUGCACAAGCAGGGAACACAAAACAUGGAAAAACCUCACUAUCAAGUGUUAAAACCGAUUCUUCAGCAUUGCAAGAAUGGAAAACCAAAAGGGUAUCCACUGAACAACCAAAGGAAGCAUCAGAACGAAAGGUGUUAAGACACCAGCUGAGUAAAAUCGCCAUCACUAGCCUUGAGUUCUCUGAAGCUUUGCCUUUUGCUGCUUUUGCAUCUUUGCUUGUGGAAACAGUGGCAAAACUGGACUUUAUUAUAGAGGAAGUUGAAGAACUGGGGAGGUUAGCAUGCUUCAAAGAGUUUAGACCCGGUGAUGAGAUUUGUGUUAGUUGUGAGAAACCCCGAGUUGAUGUGUUAGAGAACCAUUUACCUUCUCAUGGAGUUGAUUAAUUCAGGGAUCCCAGGGAAUACUACAUUCUUUCAUGGAUAUGGUUUAUAUGUUUUUUGAUUAGCGAUGGUGAUGAUAUAUAUGUUUGAUUAUGUUUUACACUUGGUCCAUAAAAGAAUAUCUCCCGAAAUGAUGCUAUAUAUUCUAUAUU